AUGGCCGCGCAUCGGUUACUUCAUCAAACACACACUCUGACAAUCCUCAAAACCCACAGAAGACUUAACUUUAUCACUUCUCUACGAAACCCCACUUCUAAAUUUGACCUUAGAUAUCUCCAAACAUUAGAAACCUCCCCCAACCCAGAUAAAGAACCAAACUUUUCUUCAACAAAACCACUGCCUGAUUCUUUAUUGGUGGAGAAAAUUCUCUUCAAUUUAAAACAAGGUAAUGUAAAUUCUUUGCUUUCCUAUCAAUUUCGCUUAAACUCAUCAAUUAUAGUUGAUGUUUUAUGUCGUUGUAAUGGUAACUUGCAACUGGGUCAAAGAUUUAUUGAUUGUGUAGCUUUAAAAGGUACAAACUUUAAGCACUCAUCGACUUCAUUAAGUGCAAUGGUUCAUGUUUUUGUACUUAGUAGAAGAUUAUCUGAUGCACAAGCUUUGAUUCUUAGAAUGAUUAGGAGAAGUGGGGUUUCGAGGGUUGAGGUUGUUGAGGCUUUGGUGUCAUUAAUGAGUAGCAAUUGUGGGACUAAUAAUUUGGUUUUUGAUUUGCUGAUAAGAACUUACGUGCAAGCUAGGAAGUUAAGGGAAGGGACUGAGGCGUUUAGGAUUUUGAGGAGUAAAGGAUGUUUAGUGUCUAUAAAUGCUUGUAAUAGUCUACUUGGAGGGUUAGUGAAGAUGGGUUGGGUUGAAUUGGCAUGGGAAGUGUACAGGGAGGUUGUUAGAAGUGGAAUUGAAUUGAAUGUUUAUACUUUAAACAUCAUGGUCAAUGCGUUGUGUAAAGAUCAUAAAUUUGAUGAUGCUAAGUCAUUUGUAAGUGAGAUGGAGGGAAACGGGGUUCAUGCAGAUAUGGUGACUUAUAAUACUUUAAUUGGUGCAUAUUGUCGUGAAGGACUUUUAGAAGAAGGUUUUGAGGUAAUGAGCUCUAUGGCAGAUAAAGGAUUGAAACCCGGGCUUUUUACAUAUAAUGCUAUUAUGAAUGGUUUGUUUAAAAAGGGAAGAUAUGCAAGAGCAAAGGCAAUUUUUAUUGAGAUGCUGAACAUUGGGUUGAAUCCUGAUACUACUACGUAUAACACAUUGCUUGUUGAGAGCUGUAGAAAAGACAAAUUUCUUGAAGCUGAAGAAAUUUUCAGUGAAAUGUUACACCGAGGUGUUGUUCCUGAUUUAGUUAGCUUUAGUUCCCUUAUUGCUGUUUUUUCAAGGAACAGACAUCUUGAUAAGGCAUUGGUGUACUUUAGAGAUAUGAAGAAAUAUGGUUUGGUUCCAGAUAAUGUGAUUUACACUAUUCUUAUAGAUGGUCAUUGUAAAAAUGGCAAUAUCUUGGAGGCUUUGAAGAUACGUGAUGAAAUGCUAGAACAGGGUUGUGUUUUGGAUGUGGUUGCAUACAAUACUAUAUUAAAUGGGUUGUGCAAAGAAAAGAUGCUCACAGAUGCGGAUAACCUGUUCAUUGAGAUGGUGGAAAGGGGUGUGUUCCCUGAUUUCUACACUUUCACCACACUUAUUCAUGGCCAUAGUAAGGAUGGGAAUAUGAAUAAAGCACUAAGCUUGUUUGGGACAAUGACUCAAAGGAACAUCAAACCAGAUAUCGUGACAUACAAUACAUUAAUUGAUGGGUUUUGCAAGGUGGGUGAAAUGGAGAAAGCUAAUGAGUUAUGGGAUGGUAUGAUCUCUGGGAAGAUUUCCCCCAAUCACAUUACGUACGGCAUUUUAAUAAAUGCAUAUUGUAGUGCGAGCCAUGUAUCUGUGGCCUUUAGAUUGUGGGAUGAGAUGAUUGAAAAAGGUAUUAAACCCACUCUUGUCACCUGCAACACUGUUAUAAAGGGCUACUGUCGGUCAGGUGAUGCAUCCAAAGCUGAUGAGUUCUUGGGCAGGAUGAUUGCAAAAGGAGUUGCUGCUGAUAGCAUUUCAUAUAACACCCUUAUUAAUGGUUUUGUAAGAGAAGAUAAUAUGGACAAAGCUUUUCUUUGGAUGAAUAGGAUGGAAAAAGAAGGUUUGUUGCCUGAUAUUAUUACAUAUAAUGUAGUUAUGAAUGGGUUCUGUAGGCAGGGUAGGAUGCAAGAGGCUGAGCUUGUCUUACGAAAAAUGAUUGAGAAAGGGAUAAAUCCUGACAGAUCCACAUACACAGCUUUGAUAAAUGGACAUGUCACCCAGGACAACUUGAAUGAGGCAUUUCGAUUCCAUGAUGAAAUGCUGCGAAGAGGAUUUGUCCCUGAUGAUGUUUUUUAA